AUGUACACGGAGCGGCCAGCACCGCCGCCCGCGCUGAAGCGGGAGCAGGACGUGGAUCUGCACCUGCUCCAUCCGCGCGCACCGCCUCUCGUCCCGGGCUCCUCCGAGCACGGCGGGAGCCGACCCCACACCGCGCGGCCCGCGCCCCCGCGCCCCCCGCGCCCCCCGCGCCCUCCGGCCGCCGGACAGAUGCCCGAGGCCGCGCACGACGAGCCCCGCCCGGCAGGUCCCCCCCGCCGAGCUGCGCCCCCCGCGCCCCCGGGCAGCCGCUGCGCUCGCUCGGGCCGCCGGAGCCCCGGGGCGCCCUCGGGGACCGGGGCGGGUCCCCCGCAGCAGCUACAAAGCCGCGGCCGCCCGAGCCGGGGCCGCAGACGCGCCCGCGCCGCCCCCCGCCCGGCCGGCCCCGCCCCCCGCCGCACGCCCGCCCAUUGGCCCGCGGGGCCGCCCGGGGGCGGGGCCCGGGCGGGUCACGUGGGCCGGCGCGGGCGCCCAUUGGCCGGCGCGGCCGCCCGUCGCGGAGGGCGGGCCGUGCGCGCGGGGCCGGGCGCUGCCUGCGCGCUGGGGCCGCCCGCGGGGCCGGCCGCCUGUCAGAGGGAGGAGGCGAUGCGCGCGGCGGCGGCGGCGACGCACGGCGGAGCCCCGCGCGCCAUGAGGAGCCUGCCGAGCCUGCGCGCCGUCGCCCUGCUCUGCUGCUGCGCCGCCGCCGCCGCCGCCGUGUCGGCGGGGACCGUCCCGGGCGGCGGGGCCGCGGGGCAGGUGGACGCGGCGCGGGGCGCGGGGCCGGGGAGCCCGCUCGGCCGCCCCGCCUCCCCGCCGCCCCCGCCCCCCUCGCCGCACGCCCCGCGCGCCGCCGCGGCCCCCGCGACCCCGACCCCGGCCCCGGCCCCGGCCCCGGCUGCGACCUCGGCCGCGACCUCGGCCCCGGCCGCGACCCCGGCUCCAGCCCCGGCUCCGACCCCGACCUCGGCCGCGACCCCGGCUCCAGCCCCGGCUCCGACCCCGACCUCGGCCGCGACCCCGGCUGCGACCCCGACCCCGGCCGCGACCCCGACUCCAGCCCCGGCCGCGACCCCGACCUCGGCCGCGACCCCGACCCCGACCCCGACGGGCCCGCCGCCCACCGACCUCCCGCCCGCUGCACCUGCCGCACCUGCCGCACCUGCCGCCGCGCCCCCAGAAUAUGCAUGUAACUGCUCUGUGGUGGGAAGCCUGGAUGUGAAUCGCUGCAACCAGACCACAGGGCAAUGUGAGUGUCAGCCGCAUUAUCAAGGGCUUCGCUGUGACAGCUGCAGGGAGGGCUUUUACCUGAAUCUCACUUCUGGGCUCUGUCUGCCAUGUGACUGUAAUCCAUACGGAGCCCUCAGCACGAUCUGCAGCAGUUCUGGGAAAUGCCAGUGCAAAGCGGGUGUCACCGGCUCUCCAUGUGAUCGAUGCCAAGAUGGAUAUUAUGGCUUUAGUGAGAGCGGCUGCUUGCCCUGCCAGUGUAAUAAUCGGUCUGCCAGUUGUGAUGUCCUCACAGGUGCUUGUUUAAACUGCCAGGAGAAUAGCAAAGGGGAUCACUGUGAAGACUGCAAAGAGGGAUUUUAUCAGAGUCCUGACGCCACGAAAGAAUGCCUUCGCUGUCCUUGUUCAGCAGUGACGUCUACAGGCAGCUGUGUCAUAGAAUCAGAUGAAUUGGAACCUAGAUGUGUCCAGUGUAAAGAAGGCUACACAGGCCAGAACUGCAACAAGUGUGAAAACGGCUAUUACAAUUCUGACAGCAUCUGUACCAAGUGCCAAUGUCAUGGCCACGUGGACCCAAUUACAACUCCAAAGAUCUGCAAGCCUGAGAGUGGUGAAUGCAUCAACUGCCUCCAUAACACCACUGGGUUUUGGUGUGAGAACUGCCUAGAAGGCUAUGUGGGAGACCUCGAGGGAAAUUGCAUCAAGAAAGAAGUUAUUGUUCCAACACCUGAAGGUUCUACCAUUUUGGUUUCCAAUGCCUCUUUGACCACAUCAGUGCCCACCCCUGUUAUAAAUAGCACAUUUACCCCCACAACCCUGCAGACUAUCUUUUCAGUAAGCUCUGCUGAAAACAGCACGUCAGCUUUAGCUGAUGUUUCAUGGACCCAGUUUAACAUCAUCAUUUUGACAGUCAUCAUCAUUGUGGUGGUGCUGCUGAUGGGUUUUGUGGGGGCUGUCUAUAUGUACCGGGAGUACCAGAACCGGAAGCUCAAUGCCCCCUUUUGGACCAUCGAGCUGAAAGAAGACAAUAUCAGUUUCAGCAGCUACCAUGACAGCAUUCCCAAUGCAGAUGUGUCAGGACUCUUGGAAGAUGACGGUAAUGAAGUGGCUCCCAAUGGGCAGCUGACCCUGACGACACCCAUUCACAACUACAAGGCCUGAGGAGCGAGAACCGUCGUCCUGGGUCGUUAGACCACGGUGCUCAGUAAGACUGCAUCGGCUCCUGGGCCGGACAAGGCCUGGGUAGCGCUUGCUGAGAACGCCAGGGCGUGGAGCGCACCUGAGAUGUUCGGGUACAAAGCUGUAAUGCACUUAGCCCUAUUGCUCUUAGUUUCCCCGUGAAGAUCUGAAGCGGUCACUGUCAAUAAGGACUUGUAGUAAAGUAUAUUUUUGUACCAGACUACAGGGGAGUAUAGGAAGGCUGAAUCCCACAGUGCAGCCCACACCUCCUUUGACCUCCUAACAGACUCCUGGGGAAGUGUUCACCAGACCAGCGGAGGCUUGGUGGAAGCGGAGGGAGGAGGACUGCUGGGAGACUUCAUCUCCAUUCCUGAAACACCUCUUUUAAAAGGAGAGUCAGGGAUGAUGUUCCUUCUACUGCGCUAAAAGACAUCGCCGAAGAAAGCUUAAUGUCGGGGCUGUAUCACAAUAAACAAUCUCGAUUGUUUCUAAAAUAGGGGCAGGAAAGUCUCAAGAGGGUCUUUAGAAAGGUGUGAUUUUUUUCCUUCCUAAGUCUCGCUCAAUGAUAGGCUCAAGCACAGGAUAAGCUAAUGGUGGAAAGAAGAAGGCAACAUCGGGGAGCGGGAAGCUGACGGUCCUCCUUAGGGUCUCAGUGUAAAUGGUAAAUUGCCUAAAAAUAAGGACUCUUCCUGCCUCUAGAAAAAUACGGUGUAUAUAGUUAAUGUAGCAUAUCUGGUCGACAUUGUAUUUGUAUCUAUUUGUAAAAAAAAAAUCAUGUCAUAUUUUAUCAUCUAGAAUUUAUUUGUACAGCAGUUAAUGGUGUUGUAAAAAGAAAAUAUGGGGAUUGGUUAAAAUAACAUAGAUGGCAAUAUUGCUAGAGCUGGGACUCUGGUGACCAUCAAUCAUUUUUAGUCCCUCUUUGGACACUGUUGAAAUUUCUAAGAGGUCGAAUGUUUCUAACCUUUCUCUCCCUUUCUCAGUCUCAAGGUAGAGCUGUGUGUUCUUGGUCUGACUACAGAUUCAAGCAAUAGAUUUUUAAGUCAUUGAUGGUUCAGCUGGGACACGGGCCACACUCUCCAAAAUACUCCCCCGAUGAGACAUUAGCCGCUCUACAUAUUUUACAUAGAUCACUGCAGGUCAUGUUCCCCCCCCCACCACACCACACGUCUUUAAAUACAAAAGAUAGUCUUCCAAAGGAAUCAGAAAUAUUUUAGUUGCAAAAGAAAAGCCAUCAUGUGACUUGGGAUCCCGUUUUCAUGCCUGGGAAAUAUUUCUAUUCCUCCUCCACCCACCUCGAAAAAAUACCUUCUGCAUUUGAGCACGGCUUCUCACCCAUCCUCCAGGCGUGUGUCCCAUCUUCCUGCGGAGCUGCGGUUCCGCUCUCUCCUGCUUGGGGAGUAGCUCUGGACUUGGGGGGGUUCGGUCAGUCCUUGCUUUCAGACACGGGUCUCCCCUAGAGGCCACCUACUCUUGCUCUCAUCUGUUUUGAUACUGACGGAUGGUGGGUUCAGCAAGCCGGGAAAAGCAGCCAGAAGUCAAAUAUAGAUAUUUAUAGGAGGAACGGCACACUGUCAAGUGGCUAGGAAAAAAGGGGGGGGGGUUAUUAGAUUAGCCCUAAGAAAUCCAAGUUGACCGCCUUCCCCAGAGAAAAACCUGGAAUUGGGUCGUCCCUCUGCAGGAGAGCCCUAAGUUUUCUGAGGUUUUAGGGAUGAUGUUCUGGGGGAUGGACAGAUGGAUCCUCUGCUUCCAGCACCUGAGGUGCCCCGAUGUCUGGCCAUUGCUCACGAGAGGACAGGUCACGGUACGUUACAUCAUAAUAAAAUCAGUGAGUACCUCCGUGGCCCUUUGCAGUUGGCAAGCACCUUUCCCUCCCGGUAGUCCCCUGAGGAGGCAGCCAUUGUCACCGUUUUACAGAUGAGGCUAAAUGUGUUGUUCGAGGCUCUCCAGCACGUCCUCGGGGGGCUUGGAAUGGGCCUCCUCACUCUGAAGCACGCGCUCUUCCAACCGUGUGCUGGUCAGAAGCUGCCUAGAGCCGCACGCCAAGACCGUGGGAGGAGAGUCCUGCGGGGAACGCUUCUCCCUUCUGGAAGUACGAGGCAGGUCCAGGGCCCCACGGCCGCAGGGGACCCUGCGGGAAGGACGCGGAGGACUAUCUGAAGCUGCUAUCGAGGAUGUAGGAAACUACCAGUUUGUGCUUCGUUAAAGUGAACUACUCCUCCCGAGCAGGGAGGGAAAGUCUGCGUCCCCAGCAGCUGCCCCCUACGCACGCUCAGCCCGAGCACUGCACAACCCCAAGGAGGUGUGCGAACGGAACGCCUGCCUCUCUCCUAGACUGCCCCCCCUCAGCCUGGGGGGUGGACGCGGGGAGACGUACAGGUUGACCCAGUAGAGACAGCAGGAGGGUUUGCUGGGGUCUAGGAGCCGAAGCCAAAUAGUCCAGACUCCGGCCAUAUGGACAUUUCUUCAAACAGGCCUCACGUGGUAUUGCAGACGCUGAAUCACAAGGAGCAUUGAUUCUUCCCAGUGGAAAAAAAAAAUAAUGUCUUAAAAUGUGUUUUAAACCAUAUUCUUUAGUGUCCCUUGCUUUUUGCUGGUGGAAAUAAUUUUGUUCUAAAAUUUAACUCAAUCACGAAGUGAUCUGCCAGCAAAAUCGGAGUAGGAAACUAGCAGGGAAUGCAUUACCCGAUACUGAUUCCUGUAAAGGUAGGACCCGUCAGUCCCUUAGGUAGAUCCUAUUGGAAGAAUUUUUGAAUAAGGAUUAGAAAUGUGUUUGUUUUCAGGCAAGGCGAGCGUGAAUCCUGCUGAUCAGUGACGGAUGCCGCUACUAAGUGAUAACUGUGCCGUCCGCCCUUCGCGUAAGCCCCGAUGCAUUUCGGCGGAUGCCCCAGGUGGUGUUAGCUCUGUGCUCCCCCAUUCCCCUGCCCCCGCACCAUCAGCUCCCAGAUGUCUCUUAAUGGGCUCUCGGGUUACAGAGAUGGUGAUGGACUAAGCUCACUUACCCCGAGGGCCCGCGGGUUUGCUGCGUCCCCUCUCGGGGCACCUGCAUCUUAGGAGCGGGCAGAGCAGGUGUGAUGGAGGAGAGGGUUUGUACAGGGGUCACAUCAUAUGGCUGCUCUUUAGCCCACCUGGCCCCGAGAGCUGGUCGUUAGAGCCUUGUCCCCGCGUUCGUCGUGGCCCGCGAGUGCCCUCCGGACGCUGAGCCCUCGCCGCGCCGUCCUGGUGGCCGCGAGCCCAGGAGGGGCGGGCUCCUAGGGCUUUCGCGAGGCCCUGCCCUCUGGGAUGCCAGGCCGCUUGCACGCACACCCCCUGCUUCUCACCCCCGACGCACGCGGGUGGGGGUUGAGCCCACGCCUCCAGGAAAGCUCUGCGACAAAACGUUCAGAGGAGUAAGAAGCGGCCCGCGUAACCCCUUAGGACACGGGAAGCACUUCUGGCCGCGUCCACGGGGGACUCCUCACGGGCCGCUCUGGCCUCGGGCGGCCUGCGGUGGGCACGGACGGGAGCCCCGUGCUGGGGGUGGCCGAGGUCGGCGCCAAGGGGAGGCAGGAGGGACACGCGGCCCAUCGGUGACGGCGGGUGCACCGGGGUCGUGGGUCCUCAACAGGGCAGAAGCCACGUGGGCACAAGCGCCCGUGGUUACACGUCGGCCCCAGCCGUCGGGGGAGUUUCCGAAACUACGCUCGUCUGUAGGCCACUAAAAUUCUAACACAAAUUUUAAAAACGUGUCUCCUGCAAAUGCUGUACUAGGCUUCAUGAUGCAUUUCUAAAUUUGUGUAUGAUUUGAAUAUAUGAAAAGAAUUUAUACAAGAGUGUUAUUUAAAAUUAUUAAAAAAUAAAUGUAUAUAAUUUGUA